GUGCAUUGCGUACAGAGGGGGAAACGCAACCACAUUUCUUCUUCAAGCCGUAGAAGCAAAAUGCUUAAAUUGGAAUUGAUAAUAAUGUAUUUUAGGUGAAAGAAUAAGAAUACCUAGCAGAUGGCAUUACUGCUUGGCAGAGGGUGGCUGCUUUUGGCCCUAAGUGUGUUGAGUAACCCGGUUCUUGUCACUGCCUGUUCACAUCAGGAGUUUACCUGCAGUCAGGGAUUAUGUGUGGCUUUAGACUCUGUGUGUGACUUCACCGACGACUGUGGAGAUGGCAGCGAUGAAGAAAACUGUUCUACCUAUACAAGGUGUGAUUUCGAGGACAGUUUUUGUGAUCUGAUACAAAGCUCAGAGACUCUCUUUGGAUGGACCAGAACAGCUGGGGUUCCAGGACUUAGACAGGACCACAGAAACACCUCAGCCCAUUUUCUAUUCCUUUCACCCGUUGGAGGAAAAAAGAUCACCGCAGAUCUGAGGAGUCCUGUCUUCCUGCCUUCUCACAGCUGCCAGAUACGUUUUCACCACCAUGUUGGGGCAGCACAUGGAGAUCUUAGGAUCCUGCUUCAGCCUCAUUUAGCGGGUCAGAGCACUGAAGUCUGGAAACACUCCAAACAACUACAGACGGAAAUAUGGCUGCGGGCAGUGGUUAACUUAUCCAGCAAUCAGAGCUUUCAGGUGGUAAUUCGAGGGGAACUUUCAGCCAGCAGUGAAGCAUCUGAGGUCUUAGCCAUUGAUGAUUUAUCUUUCAGUCCUGGAUGCAUGAUUCUGCCUGAAGACAGGGUCUCCACACCACCUCCCUGUGCUCCCUCAUGGUUCUCCUGUGCUGACGGGGGGUGUAUCGAGAAGAGCAAAGUGUGUGACUUCACACCACACUGUCCCAAUGGAGAGGAUAAAGCGAACUGCUCCUCUGAGUGUGACUUUGAGGACAGUUCAUGUGGCUGGUAUGAGCUCACUCCUGGAGAUGGUUUUGACUGGAUCAGAGGUUCAUCUGAAAAUGUACCGCCAGACUACUAUGAUCACCCACCCCUACCAGACCACACUACUAACAACACUAAAGGUCAUUUCAUGUUUAUACUGAAAAACAGCAGCAGUCUGUAUCCAAAUGCUGUACUCAGAGGACCUUGGUUCCUGCAAUCAGCCUCCGGAUGCACCAUGACCUUUUGGCAUUAUAACUCUGGUAUAUCUGUGGGGGCUGCUGACGUGUACCUUCGAUUCAAAGGAGUUGAAAACAAAACUGUUAUAUGGACGACCCUGUACAAUCAAGGUAGAAGGUGGAACCAGGUCACCGUUCAACUGGGCCGCAUCACUCAGCCCUUCCAGAUCUCUUUGGCUAAAAUCAGCCUCGGUGUGUUCAAUGGCGUCUCUGCUUUUGAUGAUGUCUCCUUCAAGAACUGUUCGAUGCCGCCGGCAGUGACUGUGUGCCCCAAGUACACGCAUUUCCACUGCGUGCACACCAAAGCAUGUGUGGAGCACCUGCAGCUCUGUGACCUUGUGGAUGACUGUGGGGAUGGAUCGGAUGAAGAAGGAUGUUCUCCAGAAAUUCAGUGUGACUUUGAAGAUGGACUGUGCAACUGGAAACAGGAAACAAGCGGAGAAGAUGUGUUUGACUGGACCCUCAUCCGUGGUCCAACUCCAACCCUAAACACAGGCCCCUGGAAAGACCACACGCUGGGGAACUCCUCUGGCCACUACCUCUACAUUGAGUCUUCCCUCCCCCAGGGGUUCCAAGACAAAGCCGUACUGCUGAGCCCAGUCUUUCAACCUACCUACCAGCCUGGCAAGGAUGGCGUUUGGUCUUAUCAGCACCACUGUGCUUUUCGCUUCCAUUAUUGCAUGUUUGGGUCACACGUGUUCAGCCUGGCUGUAUACCAGAGGACGACUGCUACAGGCCAUGGCUUGCUGCUCUGGGCAAAAUAUGGAAACCAAGGAAACUUAUGGCACAGGAACACUCUGCACCUGCAUAGUGCUCAACCUUUCCAGAUUUUAAUCGAAGGCACAGUUGGAGAUGAUUUUGAAGGAGACAUAGCAAUAGAUGACCUUUCCUUUCUGGACUGUCAGCUGUUUGAUGGAGAGCUGCCCUCACUGAUCACCCCAACACUGACCCCUCCAACCCCGACAGUCAUACCCCACAGCUGCCCCGAGGGACAGUUUGUGUGUGGAGCACAUGGGCAGUGUGUUUUUCUUAGCCAAGUUUGCGACCUCAAACAUGACUGCUCUGAUGGAUCCGAUGAAACAGACUGCGUAAUGGAAAUAUGCGAUUUUGAAGGCGGUGUUUUUUGCGGCUGGGCAGUUGUUAGUCCUUCCUUCAGUGCGAACCAUGCAUUUCAUUGGGCAGCCAACCAGGGGGAAAGCAUUCAUGAUGGAGACCAGAACUCCCGUCCAACCAAUGACCACACGCUCAACAGCACUGAGGGUUGGUAUAUGUAUGCAGACAGCUCAAAUGGCGACUAUGGUCAGACCUCUGAUCUCCAAACACCAGUCAUCUCCUCCACUGGGCCACAUUGUACCCUGAUCUUCUGGUACCACAUGAGUGGAUUCACUGUGGGAACCCUGCAAGUGCUGCUCAGGCACAAAAACAUCACCCAUGUGGUAUGGUCUCAGACUGGUAACCAAGGCAACAGAUGGAAACGGGCUGAAGUGUUUUUGGGGUUAUCAAAUGACUUUCAGGUGGUGUUCAGGGCAAAACGAGGGAUCAGCUACAUGGGAGAUGUAGUGAUAGAUGAUGUCAGCUUCCAGGAUUGCUCCCCUGUUCUUCCAUCCAACCAGCCGUGCACAUCAGAGCAGUUUGCCUGCGCUAAUGGUCACUGCAUACCUCACCACAAUUUGUGUGACUUCAUCAACCACUGUGGGGACAAUUCAGAUGAGAACCCUUUCAUCUGCAAGGGCUUUAGUGGACGCUGUAAUUUUGAGUUUGACCUCUGUUCUUGGCGCCAGUGCCGACACGACAACUUUGAUUGGCUGAUCAAAGCAGGCAGCACCCCAACACCUGGAACCGGACCAUCCAGUGACCACACUCUGAGAAAUCCUUCUGGACACUACCUGUACCUGGAGAGCUCAUUCCCUCAGGCAGUGGGUGACACUGCCCGUGUGAUUGGACCCUUACUGAGCAAAAGGAGUUCACAGUGCAAGAUGCGUUUCUACUUUCACAUGUCUGGAGAAGGAAUUGGUACCCUCAGCGUUUUCAUUAAAACUGAAGGAGUUCUUCACCUCCUGCUGAACCUGACGGGAGAUCAGGGCAACUACUGGCAAAUGAAGGAACUCCAGCUGAGCUCCUCCACAGACUUCCAGGUGGUGUUUGAAGGCAAGGUGGGGCACAGCGAGAAGGGGGACAUCUGCCUGGACGAUAUCACCUUCACUCCAGGGUGCCUCCUCUUCCCCUUAGCCUCAGCAACAGACAGCACUCCUUCUGUUCCUCCGACAGGGUUCUGUCCGCCAGGCACAUCAGUUUGUGGAAAAGGCAGCUGUUUUACACCAGAGCAGAAGUGUGACUUUACAGAUGAUUGCGGUGAUGGUACGGAUGAGCAGGACUGUGGCACCUCCUGCUCUUUUGAAAACGGUCGUUGUGGCUGGAAGAGCUCACAAGCUGAUAACUUUGACUGGGUGCUUGAUACCGGAUCUGUCCAAAGCAUACGGCCGUCGUACGAUCACACACUGAAGGAUGAAAACGGCCAUUUUGUCUAUCUGGAGGCAACCCCAGUGGGACUGAAAGGCGACAAAGCUCAUAUAAGGAGUUCUAUUUGGAAAGAGUCAAGUGCUAUCUGCAAGCUGUCCUUCUGGUACUACCUUUCCCAUAAGGCCUCAGGGACCAUCCGGCUGCUGAUUAAGACGGAGCACAGUUUAAUUGAGAUGUGGAAUAAAACGGGGCAUCUGGGAAACCAGUGGAACCGAGCAGUGGUUCCCCUGAGGAAAUUCAGAAACUUUCAGGUAAUUUUCGAGGGGAUCCGUUCCACAGACUUAAGCGGAGGAGCUGCUCUGGACGACCUGGAAUACAUCGACUGUGCUCCAAGCGCAGUUCCAGGUAGUUGUCCUGCAGUCACAGACUUUGUGUGUCAGAGCGGCCAUUGCAUAGAGUCCCACCUGGUGUGUGACAACAAGGCAGACUGUGCUGAUGAAUCAGACGAGAUGGAUUGUGACCACAUAUUUGGCUCACCAGGUGCUUGUAACUUCAACAUGAAGGACGGCAGGUGGGAGCAGAGCUGCCAGCUCUCUCAGGACACUGAUGAUGACUUUGACUGGAGGAUCAGCCACAAGACAGAGACAGAAGGUGGACCACAAUCUGACCACAGUCCAGAUGGUGAAGGAAACUUCCUGUACAUACACUCAGCCACUCAGAGAGAGGGGGAUGUUGCCAAGGUGACAACGACGAACCCCUUUCCUGCCAGCAUUGGCCUAUGUCACCUACGCUUUUGGUUCUUCAUGUACGGCUCUACCAGGAUGGGAACUCUGAAGGUAUAUACCAGUGGAACCAGUGGGACACAUUUGCUUGUGUGGGCCACUACUGGAAACCAUGGAAACCAGUGGACAUAUGCAAACAUUAUCCUGUCCAACACAGUAGACUUCAGAGUGACCUUCCAGGCGGAGGUUGGUGGAGACGUGUGGACUGACAUUGCCCUGGAUGACAUCUCAUACACCGCAGAGUGUAUGGUCGGAGGACCAGUAACUCCACAACCGCUGACCUGUGACGCUGAGCAGUUCCAGUGUACGUACUCCUUCCAGUGUAUCCCAAAAAGCUGGUGGUGUGAUGGGUUGCCAGACUGCGCUGAUCAGUCUGAUGAAGAGCAUUGCCCCACUGCCCUGCCUGGAACCGUUCCUCCUCAGGGUCGCUGUCCUGCCAAGAAUUUUCAGUGUUCAGACCAUAGCUGUCUUCCCUCCAUACUGCGCUGCGAUGGGGUCUUCGACUGCCCCGACGGAGAGGAUGAACACAGCUGCCCAUUGCUGCAGUGCGAGCCAGGAGAACUUGUAUGUGAGAGUUGGCCCGGUUGUAUCCCGCUUCACAUGCGAUGUGACCGCUCCCUCGACUGUCUCCCGUUCCAUUCGGAUGAGUCCAGCUGCCAUGAGUGCCCCCCAAUGUACUGUCAGGAUCAUGGUUCAUGCCAUAUUGAGGAAAACGGACCUCUGUGCUUGUGUGAGUCAGGAUGGUCGGGCAAUCGCUGCCACGUGAAAGAGAAACCAUCUCUCACCACCUUGCACCCAACUCUAGAGGCCACACAGCUGGAUCCUGUGUAUGCCGGCAUCGGCAUCGGGUUGGUGCUGUUCUUGGCUGGAGUCGCUGUGUGCUUUCUCGCCCUGUGCAAGAACAAAUGUGGCUUUAUAAAAGCUGACCCAAUGAAAUACGGCAUGAUGGAUAAUGCAAGCUUUGACUGGAGAGCAGAGCUCCCAUCAGAGGACAAAAGUCCAGGCGGUCAUCCCAGCAUUAAUCCUAAAGGGAGUGAUGGUCCUGGGUUUUUUAUUAGCGUCUACCCAUGGAGAAGAGAGGUGGAGCGGGGUUCGAACUGGAAAGAUGCCAAGCAAUCCUUCUCCAACCCAUUGUACAAUUACCCCAGUGACUCUAAUGGUGCUGUCAACAGAAACUCUGAAAAAUAAAAUCGAUGGAACUGAAGGAUUAGUUUUUGGGCAUAUUUCCUGAUGUUAAAACACAGAGUGUUAAUCUAAAUUAAGGAGAGGGAAACUUGCCCAUGUUGUAUAGAUCACAAACAGAACAGCUCAACACUGUAAUGGUGCACUUUUUUGCAUCAAGUUUAAGUCAUUCCUACACCACUCUCACCUUAAAGCAUAAUUUUGUCUGCCCUGUUAAUCAUAAAUAAAGGUUAUCUAUGUAUAGUUAUAGACAAUAUUCCAAAUAAAUGCCUUAUUUACAGUAACAUAAAGAGCUUCAACUUCCGUCCAUACUUUAUUUUACCCGUGCCGUAACAACAAUGAGGAAACAUUUUGAAAUAAUGCAAAGAACUACUUAACUGUGCAGAGGAAGAAAAGGAUACACAUUUUGUAAAAGCUUUACAGUCUUUGCUUUCAGCUGCCCAUCUUUUGAAGUUUCAUUGGUAGAUCAUCUAUGAACAUAAAUGUUCAAGUCAACGAUUCUCUAUUGAAUUUAGGUGUGAACUUUGAGUGGGCCAUCAUAACACAUACAAAUGCUUUAAUGUGAAUGAUUCAGCUGUAGCUUUUGCUGACUCUAAUGGGUGUCUUCCAGGAUUGAACUGUGUUCAGCUCUUUUAAUAUCCCAUCAACUCUGACCAGCUUUUUUGUCCCUGCUGAAGACAAGUAUCCCCACACCAUGAUGCUGCCACUACCAUAGGGUGUUUGGGUUAUUCUGCAGUGUAAAAGGUCCACUACACCACUAUUUCAGAACAUGAGGCAAAAGGUUUAUCACAAUUACCUACUUGUGAAGGCAAUUUAUUGCACUGUGUGUCAGAGUUGAGGGGGCCUAAGUACAGAUGCAUCUCACAUCUUUAUUUUUAUUUUAAACGAAUAAUAAAACUGUUUUUUUCCCCUUGUACUUUAAUGGUAUGCACUGUUUUGUGUUGGUCUGCCACAUAAAAUCCCAAUAAAAUACUUGAAAGGGAUUUUAUCAAAC